GCGACAGGGUCACACAGACGAAUGGCGAGCACCAUGGCCUGGUGCACUCAGUUGAGUGUGGUGCUUCUCCUGACGUCUCUGCAGAUGAACGGUAAAUUCACGAAGGCGACGCGGUUCGAAGGAAUAAACCCGGCUCUUAUUAAGCUGAAGGUACGGCAAGGAUCGGACGGCAUCAACGUGACGUGGAACAGGCCGAACAAGAAAAUUACACACACGUGUUACGACACCAACCUGCAAUACAGGAGCCAGUGCGGUUCGGACUGGCUGAAUUUCGUCCUGCAUUCCUUCAGCUUCGUCCUCGGGGAUCUGGGGAGGGGCUGCGGGAGAAACUACACGUUCAGGGCGAGGAUGAGGUACGCCUGUCUGUACCGAUCCUGGAGCCCCUGGAGCCCGGAGAAGCACUGGACGGAGGAAACCGUUUCGGCUAGCUGCUUCAAAGCUAAGCCGAACCUGCAUUUAUUAAUCAGUUUGAUCCCGGCGAUAUUCCUCCUGGGUCUGCUCAUGGCACAAAAACCAAUACGGAGACUGAUCCUUUCAAAGGUUCCUGAUCCAAAGCACAUUUAUGAUGAUCUCCUGAAGAUUGACCAGUCUCAGCUGGAGCAGACGUUCAAAGACCACAACGCUGAAUGUGAGACCUUCAAGAUCGAGAUUGUCCAGCCGGAAAAGGAGGUGGAGGAGGAGCAGAGCAAACAGUCUGCUGAUGCAGGUCCCACAGAAACCGUCACACUGACCCCAGACUCAGCCACACUGACCCCAGAACCAGCCACACUGACCCCAGAACCAGCCACACUGACCCCAGAACCAGCUGCACUGACCCCAGAACCAGUCGCACUGACCCCAGACUCAACCACACUGACCCCAGACUCAGCCACACUGACCCCAGAACCAGCCACACUGACCCCAGAACCAGCUGCACUGACCCCAGAACCAGCUGCACUGACCCCAGAACCAGCUGCACUGACCCCAGAACCAGUCGCACUGACCCCAGACUCAACCACACUGACCCCAGACUCAACCACACUGACCCCAGAACCAGCUGCACUGACCCCAGAACCAGCCGCACUGACCCCAGAACCAGCCGCACUGACCCCAGAACCAGCUGCACUGACCCCAGAACCAGCUGCACUGACCCCAGAACCAGCCGCACUGACCCCAGAACCAGCCGCACUGACCCCAGAACCAGCCGCACUGACCCCAGAACCAGCUGCACUGACCCCAGAACCAGCUGCACUGACCCCAGAACCAGCUGCACUGACCCCAGAACCAGCCGCACUGACCCCAGAACCAGCCGCACUGACCCCAGAACCAGCCACACUGACCCCAGAACCAGCCGCACUGACCCCAGAACCAGCCGCACUGACCCCAGACUCAGCUGUGAGGGGACCCACCGGCCCUUCAUAUUCUCCCGCGCACAGCGGCUACGUAUACUGCUGA